AUGAAUCACCUUAAGUUCUUGCAAACCAUCUCCUUUGUAUAUGUGUUGGUGACAGUGAAGAUUGUCGCUGGAUCAUCUGUAAGCCAUGAUGAAGAAUGCUCAGCCUUGUUUCAGUUUAAGCAAACCAUAAUUCAUCAAGAUGAUGUGGGUUGUGCUGCUCUUGGGUCUCAAGUGUUCCACUCUUGGAAUACUAGUUUUGAUUGUUGUUCAUGGGAGGGGGUGGCGUGCAGCAAUGACCAUGCUCAGUAUGGUCAUGUGAUCGGUCUUGACUUGAGCGAGAGGUCUCUUUGUGGGCAUAUCAACUCCAACAGCACCCUCUUCAACCUUGUUCAUCUUCAGACACUCAAUCUUUCCAUGAAUGACUUUGGUGAAUCUCAAAUCCCUUCUGAGAUUGCUCGUCUAAAGCAAUUAAGAAGCCUCGAUCUCUCUUAUUCUGGGUUUAGUGGUCAAAUCCCGAAUGGAAUCUCGCAGUUGAUGCAAUUGUCUUCUUUAAAUAUGUCAGGAAAUUCACUAAAGCUUCACAAUCCUAGCCUUAAGAACAUGGUGCAAAACUUAACACGGAUUGAAGAACUCCAUCUCUCUGGGGUUGACAUUAGUUCUUCUGUACCUCAUUUCUUGGCCAACUUUUCUUCUUUGAAGUCACUCCAGCUAAGUCAAUGUUUGCUUGCGAAUGAAUUCCCUGCAGCCAUACUUGAGCUGCCAAAGUUGCAAGUUCUUAAUUUGGAAGACAAUACCAACCUCACUGGUUCCUUUCCAGACUUGUGUAACAACAGCUUACUAAGAGAGGUGAUACUAGGUGGCACAGGUUUCUUUAGGAUUGUACCAGAAUCCCUAGGUCACCUCAAGCAUUUGACAGACUUGUCCCUUUCCCAAUGCUCUUUCUCGGGGCGCAUUCCACGUUCACUCUCUAACUUGAUACAACUCACUUUCUUGGCUCUUGAUGGCAAUCAGUUCACAGGUUCAGUUCCUUCGUUGGUAAGUCUUUUGAAACUCGAUGUUUUGGUACUUAAUGGUAACAGAUUCGAGAAAGGACGCUUUCCAAAUUGGCUUGGAAAGCUUACUAAACUUAGUGAACUCAUUCUGCAUGAUAUGAACAUAUACGGUGAAAUCCCACUCUUUCUUGCCAAUCUAACCAGACUUAGUGACGUACAAAUGAACAACAAUUCUCUUACUGGUCGUAUACCAUCCUGGUUGUUCAACCUCACCCAACUAACAUGA